AUGCAGAAAAACGCCAUCAAAACCAGCUUUUUUAUUCUUUCGGAUUCACACGCCGAGAAGGGGCUGGCGAUCCCCAAUGUACCAGUCGACGUAGCGAUUCACUGUGGCGACUUGACCGAGGAAUUCAAAAUCCACGAGUUCCAAACAUCUCUGGACCUCCUCCACCGCAUCGAUGCCCCUCUGAAACUGAUCAUCGCGGGAAAUCACGAUGUCGGAGAGGCCAGAUGCUUGUUCAACUCGGAAGAUGUCGUCUUUCUAGGAAAGGGCAUCCACAGUUUUGCCCUCCGAAACGGAGCGAAAUUGACGGUCUACGCCAGCCCAUUCACGCCAUCACUCGAAGCAGACGACUGGGGGUUUCAGUACAAACGAGGAGAGAACCACGAAUUCAACAUACCGAGUGAUGUCGACAUUGUCAUCACCCACGGCCCACCGAAUGGGAUCCUCGACCGUGCAGCGUCCAAGCAGAGACUCGGAUGCGAACAUCUCUUUGCUGCUGUUGCCAGAGCGCGCCCAAAGAUGCACUUCUAUGGGCAUGUUCACAAUGGUUGGGGGGCCAGAUUUGUGGCAUGGCGGGAAGUACCCAGCGAGAAGCCAAGUCACUUUAGUGACAUCAACAACGAGGGGUCUGUUUUGGUGGAAAAUCUUGGGAGUAUUCUUCCGGGGAAAUGGGAUACGGAGGAUGUGGUUCGAGAGAAGGAGAGCCGGCUGGAAGAUUUGCGGAGGAGGGGUUACAAGAGGACAAGUCAUUGUGCCGGGGAUGAGCAGCCGAUUGGGGUGGGAAAGAGUACUUUAUUUGUUAACGCGGCUAUUCAAGGGGCGAAGGAUGGGACACAGUUUCCAUGGGUUGUUGAUAUUGAGUUACCUGCUGCUGUCGCGUUAGAAGGAUGUUAA